UUGUAAGUCAUAAGUCAAGUUUGGCUGCGUUAGCUAUUCGCCGUGGCAAGUCGUAUGUUACGUACUCCGUCCUGGAGCCUUGAUAUGUCUUUGUAUAUAAGGGAUGGACUGCACGUCCUCUAGUUUGACAUAACAUCUCCAGAAACAACAAGUUCAUCAUUACAAAUCUAAAUAACAAUCAUCCAAAAAUGGAAAACAACAACAAUAAUCAAGCUCCCUUCUGGGACUUCAUGCAAUCAUUUGGUCCGCACGGGGCUGGGAGAGGCGGCGUCGGCAUUGACCAUACCAACUCCGGUCAUCAGUUUCCCCCGGGAUUCCCAUUUGACACCACCCAGUUCAACCCCUGGAUGGCUCACGGCUGGGGCCGCUGGGGCAACCACGGAGGACAUGGCAGAGGCGGCCAUCAACAAUAUCGAGACGUACCUGAGACCGGUAGGGAAGAAGAUCACGGUGACACCGAAACGGAGAGUUCUCCCGAAACUUUGAGGCACACGCCGGACGAGUCAGUCACUGGCGAUGUCCCGCCCCCUCCACCACCCGGAGCCUUCCUUCAUCAUCCUCCACCGCCUCCCGGAGCGUUCCCGCACCCCCACGGUCCGCCGCCGCCAGGUGCUCCGAACCACCACGGUCAUCCGCACCCAUUCGGUCCUCGCCGAGGACGAGGAGGUCGAUGUGGACGUGGAGGCCGGCGCGGACCACAUACAUCACCGACCUAUAGCGGCCCAUGGGACUUCCGUCCAUUGAUGCACGCUUUUGCCGCUCAUCCAUUCGCCGAGGCUUUUAGAGAGUACAUGGACCAAGCUCGGAGUGGUCCCUCUGGCGAAUCGAAUGAGCACCAGGACGAUGCGUUCGUUCCGCCUGUCGACGUCUUCAACACCGAGGGAGCAUACGUACUCCAUGUGUCACUGCCAGGAGCGCUGAAGGAAGACAUCGGAGUGAACUGGGACGGCGAGAAAAUCAACAUUGCCGGGGUUGUAUAUCGUCCGGGCAAUGAAGAGUUCCUCCAGUCCUUAGCUUCGAGCGAAAGGAAGGUUGGUAUGUUUGAGAGAAGCAUCAAGCUACCACCUCCCGGCAGCGACGAGAAAGAGGAUAUCGACGGUCUCAACAUCACCGCUAAAAUGGAGAAUGGUAUUCUCAUCGUUACUAUCCCCAAGACUGAGAAGGAGUGGACUGAGAUCCACAAGGUUGACAUCGAGUAAACAUAGAUGUCGCGGGGUUGAAGGGUUAGGUACAUGAUGGUUGGUUAUGGAAGAAUAUUGAUAGUAAUCUCAUAAGAUGAAAUGGUAGGCGUUAGGAGUUGCAGGUAGCACAACCCCCCGUAUGGCAAUAAAUAAAUAAUUCUUUAAGGAAUACUUCCACGUGCUCUGCAUCAUCGUAUAAACCCCUGAAAAUGUCUUA